UAUAUAUAUAUCUCAUAUGUAUACCUAACCUUACCAUAUUUGUAUUGAGAAUUGAGAUUAAUUAGAUCUGUAAAACUCUCUUAAAAUAGUUAACCAAGAACACCAAAACUACAAAAAUGUUCCCUUUCUUGAAGCAACGGUCGAGGUCGGUCCACGGUGAAGAUGCACCGUCAUCUACAGAGUCCACAGUCUCCGUCGCUGCCGCAGAUAUUGGAGGAGCGUGUACGACACUCACGGUGUGGAGAAAAUCGCUUCUGGUGAGUUGUGAAGGAUUCACGGUGAUAGAUUCGAAUGGAGAUUUGAUUUACCGGGUCGAUAAUUAUGCCCGAACCCGACCCGAGGAACUCAUCCUCAUGGAUAAAGAUGGAAACUCCCUCCUCCUCAUGCAUCGUACCAAGAAAAUUACGCUAGUAGAUAGUUGGGGAAUCUAUGAAGCAAAUGAUACAAAAGGAGAAACAAAAAUACCAAAGUGCCCAACCUGGUACAUGAGGAAGAACUUAAAGAUGAAUAUUCUGAGCACCAAAUCCGACAUUUUGGCAUACGUAUAUUCAGGAUCGUUCGAUAAGAAGAAUUCAUACAUCAUCAAAGGAUCGUAUAGAUGUAAAUCGUGUAAAAUAGUGCACGUCCCAUUGAACAAGACAGUGGUGGAGAUCAAAAGGAAAGAGGUCAGAACCAAAGGAGUCCGGUUCGGUUCAGAUGUUUUUGAUCUGGUUGUUAAUCCCGGUUUUGACACCGGUUUGGCAAUGGCUUUGGUUUUGUUAUUAGAUCAAAUGUUCUCUUAAUUAAUUAGAGGUGAUCACUGGAGAUAAUAAACAUCCUCUUUUUUGGGCCAAUUGUACAGUACUAUUUUAAAAUAUUUCAUAAAUAAUCAAACAGUAUAGUAUAAUAUACUUAUAUACAUGAUCUUCUUUGUGAGC